AUGUCAAAACCCGUGGACUUGGAGUUGAAAAAAGCCUUUUUCGAAUUACAAGUAAAAAUGAUUGAAGCAAAUAAGCAAAUGAAAGACAUAGAUGCAAAGUUAAAUGCAUUAAUGCGCUACUUGCAACAUGCAGGUAUUACUCAGCGUGAGAUUAGUACAUUACCAACUGGUACAAAAACCUACGAAUCUGUAGGCAGAAUGUUUAUUCUCACUGAUUUGGAUGCUGUCAAAAUUAAUCUCAAAAAUAAAGAAUUACAAUUGAAAACUAGUGUUAAAGAACUUGAAGGCACUAAGCAUUAUUUAGAAAAGAAUCUCAAGGAAAGUGAAGACAACAUUAGAGAGAUGGUGCAGCAACGAAAAGGGCAGAACAAUAUCUAA